UCAGUUUGAACAACACUGUUACAACUCCUGCUCAAGACAUGACUAGAUACAUCAUCGAAGUGGAAGCGGAUCCCUCAUCUGACAAAAUCUGGGUCAUUUUGUCAACUGGAAACAUCAAAUCUCAAGAGACAGCGAUUGCAAAAGAAGGUGAUACUGUUAUUGACUUUGAGAAUAAACCUGAAGAAAUUCUCAUACGAAGAGAAACCUCCCUUUUGCGUACUUUCAGUACAGGAUACUGUCGGUAUGUGACAGCCACCAGUCCUGAUAACACAUACUAUUUUCCCAUCUUCAGAAAUAUUUCUGCUGGACUGACCACCAUUAAGGAAAAUUCAGGCAAAUUACCCCUCCAGGAUGACUCAGAAGAAAGAAAGAAAGAUAUGGAAGAAAAAAAGAUUUUUUUGCAAAUGGUGGGCUGGAAACAGAUGAGCGAAACUGUAGAUGAGCUAAAGGUUAAGCUUGGAGCUGCAGUCAGAAACCAAGCUUUUUUUGGUAAAGCUCCCUCUGAAAAGGCAAAGAAAAAGUCAUUCUUAGUAAAAGCUUUUUCAUUCAUACUGAAACUUGUUCACACUUUCAGAGAAGAGCCUCUUUGCAUUGAAUCUGUGGACGGACUUCCGUGUUACGCUAAACCUAACAAUAUUUUCAAAUUACCAAGAGAAUUGUCGUUUAGCGCUUCUAAACUACUGACAUUGGUAUACAAUAAAGCUGUAGUGCAAAUGCAUAAAAUUAUACGUCGAGUUUGGAAUUUCGGCCGCAAAUGGAGAAAACUGGAACACAUCCAAAGAGUAUUUUUGUAUCCAAGUAAAAAAGCAGAAUAUGUUUCCAAAAACUGGAAGGAGGAUGCCUUUUUCAGCAGCCAGUUUCUCAACGGUUGUAAUCCAGUAUUAAUUACAAAAUAUACUAAGCAGAAGAUCCCAGCUGAGAAGCUAGAGAUGUUCUAUCCUGAUAUUAAAGCAAACAUAAUGGUACGUAUAUUUUCUGAGUGUCAUCUCUCCUUAAGUCCUUAA